UACAGUUGUAACAGAAGGUGUCAAAAACAAUACAAUUCCAAACAAAGGCACUAAAAAACAAAGAUUGCAAACUGUUCACCAAAAAAGCAAGAUAGUAGAAGGUGCACAUGAUAACACAAUUUCAAUUAAGGAGAUACACAAUACUAGUGAUACUGUUUCCACAGAAAGCUCACAAGACGAUACAAUAUCCACAGAAAGCCUGAAUACUUCUUUAUCAGCAGAGCAACUAGACCAAAUACUAAACGCCCUUGGUGGCAUUCCCUGCAAUGAAGUUAUAGUUGACUUCACAUCUAUUAAUGCAGGAAACGAUGAAAUUAAUUUGUCAGAAUCUGAAAACUCUGUGCCAGUUGAUGGUACGCAAGGUGCAGAAAGUCAGAGGACUGGAAGGUACCCAACCAGGGUCACUCUGAAAUCUAAAACUCAGCAUGAUAGUAGUUCUGAUCAAUUUGAUGAUUCCUCAGAUGAGUAUGUACCUCCAAAGAGACACAAGAGAAAAAGAUUAACUUAUGAUUCUUCCUCUGACAGUUCAAGCUCCUCAAGGGAAAGGAAAACUAAAUGUAGAAAGAAGAAGAAAAAGAAGAGCGAUGCAUGUAAAGAGGCAGACGGACAGAAACAUGAAGAAAAUAACAACAACAGUCUUAAUGAAUCUUCAAGUGUUUCUUGUCAAGUUAAAUCUAGAAGAAAGCAAAGGAAUCCUUCUGAAUGGCAAAGAAACAAAACGAAACUACUUCGAAACAAAGGAAAAAAAUACACAAACAAGAAAGGCAAAGUAAUUCCUGAAAAAACACCAAAAGAAAUAACUUGUAAAUGCAAGUACAAAUGUUUGAACAAAAUUGCACACAACAAAAUAUCAGAAAUAUUUCAAAGUUACUGGAACUUGAGCUAUGAUCGACAAAGAGAUUUUAUAAGAUGCAAUGCAAUUAUGACUGAAAAGCGUAGAAAGACAAAAAAACCAGAAGAGGAGUCAAGAAGAAAACACACCAUUCACUACUAUCUGCCUAUAGAUGAAUGUAAGGUAAAGGUGUGCAAAAAGACAUUUUUAGGAAUAUUAGACAUUGGAGAAAAAACAGUCACAUAUACAUUAAACAAGAAAAAGAACCCCUUCACUUCCACUGAUAAUAGGGGGAAACAUGUUCCAAAAAAUAAAAUUUCAGAGAAAGACAAAGAUCCUAUCAGGGAACACAUUCGUUCUUUUCCGAGAACAGAAUCACAUUACUGUAGAAAAUCAACCCAGAGAGAAUAUUUGGACAGCUCUCUCUCCAUUAGGAAAAUGUACAAUCUGUACAUAGAAAAAUGCAAAGAGGACCACAAUGAUGCACAAAAGUUCUGGCUUUAUGAUAAAAUUUUUGCCACUGAGUUCAACUUGGGGUUUCAUAAACCCAAAAAGGAUGUAUGCUCAUUUUGUGAUGCAUAUGGAAAAAUGUCUGAGAAAGAAAAACAGGAAAAUAGGAAUGAAUUUGAAAAGCAUCAGCAACGAAAGCAGGAAGCCAGAAUGCAAAAGCAGGAAGAUAAGCAAAGAUCGAUGGAAAAUGAAAUGAUCAAAACUAUAAACUUUGAUUUGCAGAAGGUACUCGUUACCCCCAAGGCUCAAAUUAAUGAACUGUACUACAGCAGAAAACUUGCAACUUACAACUUUACUAUAUUUGAUGUUGUAUCCAAAGAAACUGUCUGUAAUAUGUGGUGGGAAACCAUAGCAAAGCGGGGAAGUUGUGAAAUAGCUUCCUGUCUCCUAGAUUACAACAAAAGUGUUGGGUCUAUUGAUGAACUAGUGUACUAUUCAGACAGUUGCACUGGCCAGCAAAGAAAUCUGCCAUUUAGUGGAAUGUGUCUCUACUCUGUGGUUAAUUUCCCAAUUCAAAAAAUAACACACAAUUAUUUUGAAAGAGGACACUCACAGAUGGAAGGAGAUUCUGUACAUGCCACUAUUGAAAGAUCAACAAAACAUUCAGAUAUGUUUUCCCCAAGUGAUUGGAUGGUUGGUGUCCGCAAUGCUAAAGUAAACCCACCUAGGUAUGUAGUGAAGGAGAUUGGAAAUAGGGAUGUUAUGAAUUUCAAAGAGCUUACAGAUGAUUGUAUAGGCAACAGGAACCGUGCAGAAGAUGGAUCAAUAAUGAAAUGGAAUAAUAUUCAUUCAUUCCAGUAUCGAAAGGAAGAGCCAAACAAGAUAUUCUUCAAAUACGAAAUCAGUCAGCGAGAGUAUAAUUCCAUUGAUAUUCGAAGUGGACGAAGAGGGGCGAAACUUAAGAACAUGAAAAAUUAUCAUCUGAAACCUCUUUACUCUUCCUUAGUCCCAAUCUCAGAUGCCAAAUUCAAAGACUUAAUGGGUUUGUGCAAGAAAAAUGUAAUUCCCCGUGUUCAUCAUGAUUUCUACUCCCAGCUCCCUCAUAAGGGAAGUGUCUGCAAUUCGUUGGAGGAACCUGAUGAAAAUGACGACUCAGAUUGACAUUUCUUCCAUAAAGCUUAUGACACCCAGAGACUCUUUUUGGUUUUUUAUUUUUGUUUGUUUUUUAUGUUAAGUUUUGCCAAGUAGCAUUUCAUUAUACCGUUUCAAUUUAAGUGUACAGGAACCCAUUUUUUAUGCAAAUUGACACACUGUAAUGAAAAAAGAAUUUUAUAACAAUUUUGCUUGUUAUACAGUGCUUAAUUUUCCAGAUGUUGAUGCUUCAAAUCGUAAUAAACGGUCUUAACAAAGAAUUUAACGAUGAACAAAAAUGCAUAAUUAUAAAUGAUGUUUUCCUAUAUCAGCAAACGUCAGAACUCUGAAAUUUUAUGAAUUUACAAUUUCUUUGUCUAAAAUUUAUGUUUUACCUUCUUUUUAUUGCCAUUGUUUUUGUGCCGAAAUAUUAAACUUAAUGUUCCUUUCUUUUAAAAAUACAUUCUUGUACCAAUAAAAGGGUUGUUUUGGUAAGUAAAUCUUAAUAGUUAUACUUUGUUUUGUUUUUAAAUAACUAUAAUUUAAAAAAAACCACAUAUCCAAACUUUACCUGUCCUUUGAGUGACAUGAUCAGUCUUAUAAUGCAAAAAAAACCAAUGUCACUUAAAGCAUAAUUCACUUAAGUUUAAUGAUAUCAAAAUGCAAAAAGGUAGUAUAUGGAAGUUACUGCCUUAAUUUACGUAAAAAGUAACACUACACCUAAAAGGCAAAAGGUUGUAUGUGUAAAAAUUGAAUAAAAAACAAAUAUAAAACAAUGUUUUUAUUUUUUUUGUUACGAUCUAAAUACAUUAAGUUAUUAUGCACAACAUUGGAGAGUUUAAAAGAGAAGUUUAAGUCUUUCAAGUAAAGAAACAGUUUUUUGCGUUUUUCUCUGUUAUUUGAAAUCAAUGGACGCCUAUACAUACGACCUUUUGCCUCUAU